AUGUCGGACAUUAACCCGCAGGUAGUCGAGCAGGCUGCACAACCGCUCCUCGAGUCGCUGGGCAUCCCGUGCAAGAGCCGCGAUAUCUUUCAACUAUAUGAAGAUCGUGAACUCUGUGCGUCAUCUGCACUCGUGGUCAUAUCCUGCGUCUGUCCGCCAUCUCAGGGCCGCGACUACCUCGACCCCUUGAUGCAGAAGUACCUCGGCUACGCAGUGGACAGGGCCGAGAGACGGCUCGUUUACGAGAAUAUGACAUUCGAGGCUGCAGUGGGUCAACUUCCGCAUGCGACGGUGAUCAGUAUCAGCCGACGGUCGGACAAGGUCAGAGUCAGCGGUACCCCCUCGACGAUUGCCACUCUCGGCGCGAUCCCAGGGUACAAGCCGCAGCAGUGCGCGGAGGCAUCAGGAUCGGAGGCCACGCCGCUUGUGAACGGCCGCGACCUGAUUGUCAAGGUCGCCGACAACGGACCGCUCGAAGCCUCUCACUACUUGGGGACCGACGGCAUCUUCAACCUUGUCAGAGCGUGCAGCUCCGCCACCAUACGCGGUUGGAAAAUUCUUUUCGCAGCCGAUGGCGGUGGAGGUUUAACUUACGGUUGCGGUCUCAAUGUGCUCGCCACCCCUCGAGGGCGCCAAGUACCAGCAACGCCGGUGGCCACUGAGUACAUGCCAGUUGUCCUUCGUACGUUGGGAGGCUCUACGGGCACCUAUGCAGACUUCCACGAAUACGCCAAGGACUUGAGGGUUCAACAACUCAUGGACGGGUACUUGCGCAGCGUACAGGCUGGAGGUUCUGAUACAAUAUGGGACCAGGCAGUGGUUGCAACCAGUGUGCUUCAGCCGCACGCCAACUACAACACGGGGAUCAUGUGGCUCUUCGCGACGGCAGUAAGGGCUGCUUCCUGGAGUCGGUGGCUGCAAGUAUUGGACACUGUGUGUUUCACGGGGUUCGCCUUCUACGUCAUCAUACCAGGCAUUUUCGGGCUGUCUUUCUCCGCUAUCCAGUGGGCACUCAAGUGGGGCUUGGUCAACAGCAGGUGUUGA